AUGGCCAGCCGCACACCGACGAGCCGUGGCAGGCGCUUAGCAGUGCCCGAAGGCCUCAAUGAGACAUGGGCCAAGGACUUGACCGACCAGUUCCGCCGCACUCUCAGCACAAAGCGUAUGAACGCUCUCACGAGACAGACAACGCAGCAGCAGACCCAAUCGCCCAAUGCUCCACCGUCAUACUCUUCUCUCCGCAACAUUCCGCUCGUCGCUACCGCCCCAUCGGAUCGCAACUCGUUGCGCUUCCGUUCUAUGCUCCUCUCCCUUUCCAACACCCCCUGCCGAUGGGAAAACCCUGGUCUUCUCGACGAAGCACUUCGCUCAAUUCCCCUAGAACGUAUUUAUGACCAAGCACAAGAAGAGAGCGACCUUUACCUAGCCGAGGCUGCCUCAUUAGGACCCAACACUAAGCCCGCCUGGGGCUACCAGGACUGUGUCGUCAGAGCCCUCAUGAAGUGGUUCAAGCGCUCUUUCUUCCAAUGGAUCAACAACCCCAAGUGUGGUGCAUGCCAUGCACCCACCAUUGCUGUUGGCAUGGCUGCUCCUCUUCCCGACGAGCAAGCCCGUGGCGCCAACCGUGUCGAAAUCUACCAAUGCUCCAACGCUCAAUGCCAGGCUCACGAGCGCUUCCCCCGUUACAGCGAUGCCUUUGUCCUCCUUCAAACACGAAGAGGACGUGUCGGCGAAUGGGCCAACUGCUUCAGCAUGUUGUGUCGUGCAGUUGGUAGCAGAGUGCGUUGGGUAUGGAACAGUGAAGACCACGUCUGGACAGAAGUUUACAGCGAGCACCGCAAGCGCUGGGUUCAUGUCGAUGCCGUCGAAGAAGUUUGGGACCAACCCCUUCUUUACACUCAUGGUUGGAAGAAGAAGCUUGCUUACUGCAUCGCCUUCUCCGCCGAUGGCUGUCAAGACGUCACCCGCCGCUACGUGCGCAACUUUGGAAAGUACGGCCUGCCCAGAACAAAGGCACAAGAGAGUGCCGUUCUUCACAUCAUCGCCGAGAUCAAGAACAUGCGCCGUCGCGACAUGAACAAGACAGACAAGUUCCGCCUUGAGGGUGAGGACAUUCGCGAAGACAAGGAGUUCCGCCAGAACGUCAUCGAGAGUCUCUCACGAGAGAUCUGCCGUAUGCUUCCUGGUCGCCCAGACGCAGACAUGCUCAAGGCCCAAGAGCGUGCCAGAGAGGCUCAACUCGCUCGUGCUCGCAACCAACAGAACGCUCAAUAUUUCAACCCUCGCGAUCAACAGCAGCAAUAA